UUCUGGAAAACCCAGACCAGCUUCGCCGCAAACCCUCCCCCUGCCAAGGAUGGGAGAGCGGUAGGCUGUGCAGUGGGCACCCAGGCCGCGUGGGUCCCAGCUCCCCCCGGGGGCCCGGAGAGGAGGCGGCGUGUAAGUGAUCCCGCCGCCGAGCUGGACGCGCAUGCCCGUGACACACCCGCCUGCCUGCGAGAACGUGUCUCCGCUCCCCUGGUUUCCCCGGGGUGCUGAGCAGAGGGCCCGUGUGAGCUGGGAGGAUUGUCACGUUCAGCAGCUGUCUGGGGACCAAGGGGACACAGUAUGAGACCAACAGCGUGGACUUCAAAGUAGAGGCAGAUGGGACGGUCUUUGCCACUCGUGAGUUGCGGAUCCCCUCGAAGCAGGUGGCGUUCACCGUGACCGCGUGGGACCGCCAGACAGCCAGGCGAUGGGAUGCCAUGGUGCGGCUGCUGGUGGCCCAGCCCUCGUCAGCCCGCUCCGCACACAAGAAAGGAAAGCAGAAUGGCGCUCUGGACGCCUCGCAGCCUCCCAACGACAUGCUAUUGCCGUGGCCCCAGCACCAGAACACCAACGGGCUGAGGAGACAGAAACGGGACUGGGUCAUCCCACCCAUCAACGUGCCAGAGAACUCCCGUGGGCCCUUCCCACAGCAGCUCGUGCGGAUCCGCUCCGACAAAGACAACGACAUCCCCAUCCGCUACAGCAUCACGGGCGUGGGCGCCGACCAGCCCCCCAUGGAGGUCUUCAGCAUCGACUCCAUGUCCGGCCGGAUGUACGUCACUCGGCCCAUGGACCGGGAGGAGCGAGCCUCCUACCACCUCAGAGCCCACGCAGUGGACAUGAACGGCAACAAGGUGGAGAACCCCAUCGACCUGUACAUCUAUGUCAUCGACAUGAACGACAACCGUCCCGAGUUCAUCAACCAGGUCUACAACGGCUCCGUGGACGAGGGCUCCAAGCCAGGCACCUACGUGAUGACAGUCACGGCCAAUGACGCGGACGACGGCACCACGGCCAACGGGAUGGUGCGGUACCGGAUCGUGACGCAGACGCCGCAGAGCCCGUCCCAGAACAUGUUCACCAUCAACAGCGAGACGGGGGACAUCGUGACCGUGGCCGCCGGCCUGGACCGGGAGAAAGUCCAGCAGUACACGGUCAUCGUUCAGGCCACAGACAUGGAGGGGAAUCUCAACUACGGCCUGUCCAACACGGCCACGGCCAUCAUCACGGUGACCGACGUGAACGACAACCCGCCGGAGUUCACCGCCAGCACCUACUCGGGGGAGGUGCCCGAAAACCAGGUGGAGGUGGUGGUCGCGAACCUCACGGUGAUGGACCGGGACCAGCCCCACUCGCCCAACUGGAAUGCCUUCUACAGGAUCAUCAGCGGGGACCCCUCAGGACACUUCAGCAUCCGCACGGACCCCGUCACCAACGAGGGCAUGGUCACCGUGGUGAAGGCGGUCGACUACGAGCUGAACCGAGCGUUCAUGCUGACUGUGAUGGUGUCCAACCAGGCGCCCCUGGCCAGUGGGAUCCAGAUGUCCUUCCAGUCCACGGCAGGGGUGACCAUCUCAGUCGUGGACGUCAACGAGGCGCCCUACUUCCCCUCGAACCACAAGCUGAUCCGCCUGGAGGAGGGCGUGCCCAGCGGCACCGUGCUGACCACGUUCUCGGCCGUGGACCCUGACCGCUUCAUGCAGCAGGCCGUGAGAUACUCGAAGCUGUCGGACCCAGCCAACUGGCUGCACAUUAACGCCACCAACGGUCAGAUCACCACGGCAGCCGUCCUGGACCGCGAGUCCCUCUACAUCAAGAACAACGUCUAUGAGGCCACCUUCCUGGCAGCUGACAACGGGAUCCCCCCGGCCAGUGGCACCGGGACGCUGCAGAUCUACCUAAUCGACAUCAACGACAACGCCCCUGAGCUGCUGCCCAAGGAGGCGCAGAUCUGCGAGAGGCCCGGCCUGAAUGCCAUCAACAUCACCGCGGCCGACGCCGACGUCGACCCCAACAUCGGCCCCUACGUCUUCGAGCUGCCCUUCGUGCCCGCCGCCGUGCGGAAGAACUGGACCAUCACCCGCUUAAACGGUGACUACGCCCAGCUGAGCUUGCGCAUCCUGUACUUGGAGGCUGGGAUGUACGAUGUCCCCAUCACCGUCACCGACUCUGGGAAUCCCCCGCUGUCCAACACGUCCAUCAUCAAGGUCAAGGUGUGCCCGUGCGAUGAGAACGGGGACUGCACCACCAUCGGUGCCGUGGCGGCGGCCGGCCUGGGCACCAGCGCCAUCGUGGCGAUCCUCAUCUGCAUCGUCAUCCUGCUCACCAUGGUCCUGCUGUUCGUCGUGUGGAUGAAGCGCAGGGAGAAGGAGCGCCACACCAAGCAGCUGCUCAUCGACCCCGAGGACGACGUUCGUGACAACAUCCUCAAGUACGACGAGGAGGGCGGCGGUGAGGAGGACCAGGACUACGACCUGAGCCAGCUGCAGCAGCCCGAGGCCAUGGAGCACGUGCUGAGCAAAGCCCCGGGAGUGCGGCGGGUGGAUGAGCGGCCCGUGGGCGCCGAGCCCCAGUACCCGGUCAGGCCCGUGGUGCCCCACCCGGGGGACAUCGGGGACUUCAUCAGCGAGGGCCUGCGCGCUGCGGACAACGACCCCACGGCGCCCCCCUACGACUCCCUGCUGGUCUUCGACUACGAGGGCAGCGGCUCCACCGCAGGCUCCGUCAGCUCCCUGAACUCGUCCAGCUCCGGGGACCAGGACUACGACUACCUGAACGACUGGGGGCCCAGGUUCAAGAAGCUGGCGGAUAUGUACGGCGGCGGCGAGGAGGACUGAGCGGCCUGGCCCCGGGCGCCGGCGGAGCGGGACUGCGGGAGGCGCCGGGCUCCCCGACUCCCCGCGGCCGUGUCACUUAGUGGUGUGUUAGGGGGUCCCUCCCCGCCCCAGCCCCCCCAACAGUGAGCUGUCUGGCAUGAGCCCUUCUCGCCCCGCGGCGCGCCACCCGCCGCAGUAGCUGGCUAGCACGGAGAGCAGCGAGAGGCACUCUGUCUUAACUUGAAUUUCUUAGAACAGAAGCACUGUUUUUAAAAAAAAAAAAAAAAAAAAAUGAAAGUGCCUUUUGGUACAUGUAUCAGAUUCC